AUCCACUCCAUUCCCAACCUUCAUUCCUACCUCCACCCGUUGUGGACCGACACCUAAGCGAAGGCGACAGUCGGGGGAUUCAGGAAGCCAUGCAUCAUGUCAGCUGGAGCCUACAGCCGACUCUAAACUCAGUUCAACAUGUGGAUGCGGCCGAGAGAUGACCUGUCCAGACAAGCCAGGGCAACUCAUUAACUGGUUCAUCUGCUCCCUGUGUGUCCCGCGGGCGCGCAAACUCUGGAGUAGCAGGCGUCCAAGAACCCGGAGGAACCUUUUGCUGGGCACUGCUUGUGCCAUCUACCUGGGCUUCCUGGUGAGCCAGGUGGGGCGCUCCUCUCUCCAGCACCGACGGGCAGCAGAAAAGGGGCUGCCCAAGCUCAGCGACCCCAACGCUGAGCCCCCCUUCCCAGAGAUCCCCUUAGACGGGACCCUUGCCCCUCCCGAGUCGCAGGGCAAUGAGUCCACGCUGCAGCCCAACGUGGUGUACAUUACCCUACGCUCCAAGCGCCGCAAGCCCUCCAACAUCCGGGGCACGGUGAGACCCAAGCGCAGGAAGAAGUAUGCAGUGGGGUCUCCGGUCCCUGGACAGGGGUUGCUGGACCCUUCUCUCCCGCUGCAGGAAGCUCUGGGAGUCGCUGAGGCCGAAAGGCGUGGGUACGUCCAGGGAGGAAACCCGGCCAAGCUUGGAGAACCACCCUGGAGGUUGCUCCGGGGUCCUGGAGGGCCGGGUGGGGCCUCAAAUCUGCACCCUGCCAAGGUCAAGGAGAGCAACAUCAGGAUCUACAGCGAGAGCGCCCCCGCGUGGCUGAGCAAAGAAGACCUCCGCAGGAUGCGCCUUUUGGCCGACGGGGCGGUCACAGGGUUCCAGGCAGUGUCCUCCAAGAGUGGAGUGAUCUUGCUGGUGCUGGAGCCCAGCGCUGCUGGCCCCGGGCCCGCCUGUGGUCCUAGUAGCCCCUGCGGACUGCUCAAGCAGCCUUUGGACUUGAGUGAGGUGUUUGCCUUCCACCUGGACAGGAUCCUGGGCCUCAACCGCACGCUGCCUUCCGUGAGCCGGAAAUCAGAGUUCAUCCAAGAUGGCCGCCCGUGCCCUGUCGUUCUCUGGGACUCCUCUUGGUCUCCAACAAGUAAUGACACUCACUCAUCUGUCAAGCUCACAUGGGGGGACUACCAGAAGCUGCUGAAGCAGAAAUGUUGGCAGAAUGGCCGAAUACCCAAGCCAGAAUGGGGGUGUACUGAAAUACAUCACCAUGAGUGGUCCAAGAUGGCACUCUUUGACUUUUUGUUACAGAUUUAUAAUCGCUUAGAUACAAAUUGCUGUGGAUUCAGACCUCGGAGGGAAGAUGACUGCGUGCAGAAUGGACUAAGGCCAAAAUGUGACGAACAGGAUUCAGUAGCUCUAGCACAUAUUAUCCAGAAAAAGCAUGACCCAAGGCAUUUGGUCUUUAUAGACAAUAAAGCCUUCUUUGACAGAAGUGAAGAUAACCUAAACUUCAAGUUGUUAGAAGGCAUCAAAGAGUUUCCCGAAUCUGCAAUUUCUGUUUUGAAGAGCCAGCACUUAAGGCAGAAACUUCUUCAGUCCCUGUUUCUUGAUAAAGUUUACUGGGAAAGUCAAGGAGGUAGACAAGGGAUCGAAAAGCUGAUUGAUGUAAUUGAGCAGAGAGCCAAAAUUCUUCUUACUUACAUCAAUGCACAUGGGGUGAAAGUCUUACCUAUGAAUGAAUAACAGAAGGAUUUUCUGGCUAGAAUACUUAGAUGUUUUUGUUUUUGUUCUGAAAAUCUGACACCUCAGGUCCUCUUAGGAAAGAGGUACAGUAGAUGAAUACAUAAGUGAAUUUAACCAAAUAUGUGUGAUGGACCUGAGCACUGAAAGUAGACUUAAAAGCUUUAGCAAGUAUACUAAAGUAGUUGUUUAUAUUUCACUCUCACACCAUGCCACAGGAGUCUAGCCUCUAUUUACAAAAGGGUUUUGAUUACUACUCAAGCUAGUGUUGAUGAAAUAUUUGUCAGUGAAAAAAGAGAUACUACUUCCAUUUAUUAUUAUAGUUUAGGCCAUUUUCUCAGAUUGUGGCCAAAUUCUGAUAGGAAUAGUUCUUGGUGCUUGUUUGUCACUAAUUGUUAAAAUAUUGCAGUCCAAACAUUACUCAGUGACAACUCUAUAUUGGACUGGAAACAUGAUAUGUGAAAGCUUCAGCACUUACAGUAUGUUAAGUAGAGUUGUCAGGUUAUUUGUAAAACCACGUGUUUGUGGUUGUUUUACAUGUCUAUCUAUCCACAUACAUAUCUAUAUACAUUUAUGGAUAGAUAGAUAAAUAGAUUCUACUCUAUAAAAGAUUAUCUGAAUCUGUGCUGCAAGAAUCAUAAUUUUGUUGGCUUUGGACCAUGCCCAACAAUGCUCAGGGGCAACUCCUGGCUCUGUGCUCAGGACCACUUCUGGUAGUGCUCUGGGGACCAUAUGUCAGGGAUCAAACCUGGGUCAAUCAUAUGCAUAAGAACUCUACUGUUGUGCUAUCUCUCCAACACCUCUUUGUGUAUAUUGCAAGAAUCAUUUUUACAGAACUUUUUGAAAUUAAUUGGUUCCUAAUAUGGGUAUCAUCUAAAACUGACUCUGUGUAUGGUAGUAGUUUGUUUUCUCACUCUUGGUCCAAUUUCUACCUAGAAACUUAUAAAUUAAACAACAUGAAGCUAGCAAGUUCCUAUGUAAAACCACAUCAUAUAAUAUCUCUUAUUUUUAAUGGAUACUUUAAAAAAUGCUUAUUCUUAACAAAAAUAUAAUAUAAUAUCUAAGUUGUUUUAAAUGUUAGUGUUCUUCUCUUCAUUUAAUCUGAUUUGGUUGAUAUGUCCCAGAGAUUGGCAAUAGGAUCAGAUACUGGCUGAGUUUAAAAAUAGUGUCAAGUAUUCCAGUAUGAGAAGUAAGGGCAAAAUAAAUUAAACCCUUCCUGAUAAAAUUUCCUCCAUGAAAACACAUGACCAGUUCUAAAAUAGCAAACUGGAAUAUCAUAAACCCUUAGUUUAUUCUCCCCAAACUCUCUAUAUCAAAUUUUUAAUUAGGAAGAAGGUAGAUGGAUAUUUAGUAUUAUGCAUUGUACUAGGAUUUUGUGUCCUUAGAAUGUAACUAUGAUAAUCACACAUGCUAGAUAUUCAAAUAAAGUUCUAAUUCCUAGAGAAUAUAAUCAUUACCCUCCAAACCCCACUUUACACUUAUCUAAAGGCUGACUUACAGACUUUUUUCCCUGAAAGUUUAUAGACAGUUUAAAAUGUUGAUCAUACAUGGUCUAGUAUCUUUUUAAUUCUUAAUUUUUGCUAAAUUACACUCCCAUUUUGAUGUUCUAUGGCUAACUCUGUAUCAUUGAGAAUAAGAACAAUUAAAAACCAUUAUAAUAAAGGUCUGGAGAGAUGGAACAGUGGGUGAACUGCCCAACUUAAACGCAGUCACCCAGGUUCAAUCCCUGGCACCCUAUGUGAUCCUCUGAGUCUUGUUAGGAGUGAUUCCUAAGUUCAGAAAUAAGCUGAGUACUGACAUAUAUUCCCCCCAAAACCAAAAUAAAGAUAUUAUAGUAAGUUAUAGACAUAUCGUGAUACCCAAAUUUUGAAUAUAUAAAUAUAUUCAAAUUUAUACAAAUUUAUGAAAAUGGAAAAUCACAAUAACAUGUCAGUAGUAGAGAAAAUGGAGUCAGGAAAGAAAAGUAAUUUUAUCAUGAAAUUAUUACUUCUCUGGACACCCUGGUAGCACCCUUAAUCAAUUAAUUAUUGAUCUUUCGACCAUUUUUACCUCUUCCCAUGUUUUGUUUUUAGACUGCAGUGUCUCCCUGUAGUCCAAUAUAACCAGAAUAUUGCAGUGUUCCGAUUCUCUUGAGUCUUCUUGCUCAUCUGGGCACCUCCUCCCUUCUCCUGCCCUGCCUAUUGAAUUAGCAUUUGUUUCAUUGUUUGUUGUUUUGGGGUCUCCCUAGGAGUGUUCAGGAGGCCUUUAGGUGCUCCUUCCAGAGAUUCUCAGCCCAGUGGGCCCACCAUUCCAUUCAAGAGCCGGGGUGUUGCUCUGGCCCCGUGGUGCUGGGAGACCCACAGGUGCUAACGGUUCCCAGUGCUGCUUGCAGUGAUGCUCAGGGAACCAUAUUGUCACAAAACUUCUGCCUUAGUGUCUGCACUAUAGCUCUGGCUCCCGAAUUAGCAUAUUUAUGAGAAGUCUGCCUAAUAAGAACUUGGAGACCCAAAUUACACCGACUAAGCUACUGACUUGAAAUAACUCUGUCAAAUUGUCUAACAGCUUGUCUUGUCAAGAUAUCAUCACACCUUGCUUUAUCAAGGUAGCAUAUUUCCAUUUGAAUGUGAUUUUCAGGAAUGAUGCACUUUGGGUCCGAUUUUGGGAUAUUGGGGGUGGGAUCCUUAGAAGUGAGCUUAAAUUUUUAUGCCUCAAGAUACACUACUUUGGUGCAACUUGGGUCGGUUUAUAGGAGAGCCCAUGUGAGUCUGAAUUCAUUACCUUCAGUUAUUCCAAAGGGUUUAAUAGUAAAUGAUAGAACCAGAAACACAUGCUUAGUUUAAUAAUUUUUUACAGUGUAUUUUGUUAGUGUAAUCAGUGAAUAAUUCAUGCUAUGUUAUUUUUUGCAUAACAGAUAACUAAAGGCCAGGCUUUUAAUUCUAGCAAACAAUGCUCUAUUUUUUUCUCCUGCUGAAAUAAUUAGAAUACUCAGUGCAUUUCAGAUGAUCUCAGAUUAUUCCAUGGUUUGGUUCACAUAAGCAUAUUAGGUGAUAAAUUUAUGAUAAUUUAUAAUGAUAAAUUUAAAAUAGAACAACUAUCUUUGCAGUCAUACAAAUGCUUUUUCUCGUGUGAUUUAUUUUCUCGACGUUGAUGUUACUAAAACGAAUACUUAUCUUAAAAUCUGUAAUAAAAUAUUGGAAAAUA